ACAUUCAAAGAUAUUUAUUAAUCUGUGCUUCAGAUUAUAAACCUGAUAAACUUAUACUGCUAUUUGUUUUGUACUCUACACAGGCUACAGUUCUGUAAUCUCACCGCUCAUUCCUGUAAGAGUUUGUCUUCAGCUCUACAAUCCUCAAACAUGUUCCUGGCAGAGCUGGACCUGAGUAACAAUGACCUGCAGGAUUCAGGAGUAAAGCUUCUUACUGAUGGACUUAAGAGUCCAAACUGUCAACUGCAGAUAUUGAGGCUGUCGGGCUGUAUGGUGACAGAGGAAGGCUGUGGUUAUGUGUCUUCAGCUCUGAGUUCAAACCCCUCACACCUGAGAGAGCUGGAUCUGAGCUAUAAUCACCCAGGAGAUUCAGGAGUCAAGAUGCUCUCUGAUAAACUCAACCAUCCAAACUACAGACUGGACAAACUCAAAGUGGAUCAUGGAGGAGAGAUCAUGAUUAGAGCAGGACUCCGCAAAUAUUCCCAUCAGCUCACUCUGGAUCUGAACACAGUGAAUGAACACCUCCGUCUGUCUGAGAGGAACACAGUGAUUACUAACACUGACCCAAAGCUUCAGUCGUAUCCUGAUCAUCCAGACAGAUUUGAUGAGGUGUAUCAGGUGUUGUGUGAGAGUGUGUGUGAUCGACGCUGUUACUGGGAGAUUGAGUGGAGUGGAGAAUAUGUGUCUAUAUCAGUGUCAUAUAAGAGCAUCAGCAGGAAGGGAAAGGGUGAUGAGUGUGUGUUUGGAUCUAAUGAUCAGUCCUGGAGUUUGAUCUGCUCUCGCUCCAGUUACUCAUUCAGACACAAUAACAUACAGACUGAACUCCCUGUAAAGCCCAUCAUCAGGAGAAUAGGAGUGUAUGUGGAUCACAGUGCAGGAACUCUGUCCUUCUACAGCAUCUCUGGAGACACAAUGAUCCUCAUCCACACAGUCCAGACCACAUUCACUCAACCGCUCUAUCCUGGGUUUGGGUUUAGGCUUGGUUCUGGAUCAUCAGUGAAACUGUGUUGAUGGAUCAGAAAAGACUGUAGAGAGAUUUGAUCUAUAAAUGACUGGAUCGCUCAUAAUGUCAUAAACAGUGAAGCAGUAAAUACACGUCCUUGAAUGAGAGCAGAUUUCUUGCAUAUUUACUUGAUCUUCUCAGGUAAUAUCUCUGGUUUGACUCAUUUCAGAGGCGUCCAUAAUCAGAAUUUAAAUACACUUACUAAAGUUCUCUACAAACUUGACAUGUGACGCCGCAUUCACUGACAUGAAUCUGUAAGUUGAUGAAAACGUCACAUCAGUCUCUAUUAUUACUGUCAAAAUUACCCUUACACUAAGAAAACAUAUUUCCCUAUAUAUGAAUGAUCAAUAUAUAUUAAAUGAUUCAAUGGUAUAUUUGAAAAUAUACAGAAUAAUGUGUGUGUAUUCAUAUUUAUAUGGGAACAUGUAUGUGCAAUAAAUGUGCGCAAUAAAAAUGAAUA